AUGCCGAGGGGCUUCCUGGUGAAGCGAACUAAACGGACAGGCGGCGCGUACCGAGUGCGCCUAGCCCAGCGGGUCUUCCCCCUACCGGAGCCCCAGGGGGCGCCGCCCUUCGCCAAGGAGACUUCCCGGGCCCCCCGGCCGGAUGCGGAGCAGGCGGCACCCUCUAGCCAGGAGCCCGGAAGGGGGCUGGAGGAGGCGGCGGCCCGGGAACUGUCGGGGUCGCCUUGUCGGGCAGCUGGGGUGAGCCCGGGGGCGGGUGGGCGGGAAGGUGCCGAGUGGAGGGCGGAUGGCAGGGAGAGUCCCAGGCCCAGCUCCAGCCCUGCAAAGCCGGUGGGCGUGGAGCUGCGCCGGGCGUUUCUGGAGCGCUGCCUCCGCUCGCCGGCCUCCGCUGAGCCCUUCCCCGGGGCCGCCGCUGCCGUGGCCGCUUUCUCCCUGCUAUCUGUGUUUUGCACCCGUCCCCGGGGCCCUGGGGAGGCAGCCGCACCGCCGCUGGGGGAGUUCAUCUGCCAGCUGUGCAAGGAACAGUACGCGGACCCCCUUCGCGGCUGGGCGCAGCACCGCUGCUCCCGCAUCGUUCGCGUUGAGUACCGCUGCCCCGAGUGCGAUAAGGUCUUCAGCUGCCCGGCGAACCUCGCCUCCCAUCGCCGCUGGCACAAGCCGCGUCCCGCAGUGGCAAACGCCACCACAGUCUCCUCGAUUGACGCGAAGCUUCCUCCUUCGUCCUCCCCGGAUUCCGGGGCUGUUGCUUCUUUUCUGGCGGAGGGGAAGGAGAACAGCCGGGCAGAGCAGACGGAAAAUCAGCACCUGCAGGCCAGGGACAGCUCCGGGGUGGAGCCGCGCCCAGACGGCGCCCCAUCCCAGGGCCUCCAGGUGUUGUCCCACCUCGAGGCACCGCUGCCUCGGGUCCCCUACACGGAAGGGGUACUGGGGCGUCGACUGCCUGGGCCGGGCAGUGCCAGUGGUGCCGGGGGACCCGAGAUCUUCGUGUGCCCCUAUUGCCACAAAAAGUUCCGUCGCCAAGCCUAUCUGCGCAAGCAUCUGGGCACUCACGAGGCGGGUUCGGCCCGCGCGCUUGCCCCCGGCUUUGGCUCCGAACGCGGGGUCCCACUGGCCUUCAGUUGCCCACUGUGCGGGGCGCACUUCCCGUCCGCAGACAUCAGGGACAAGCACCGGCUGUGGCACGCUGUCCGGGAGGAGCUGCUCCUGCCAGCUUUGGCUGGGGCAGCCCCGGAAGCUCCGAGCCCAGGAGGGGCAUCCGACGGGAGUGCUCAGCAGAUUUUCUCGUGCAAGCACUGCCCGUCCACUUUCUUUAGCUCCCCGGGGCUGACUCGGCACAUCAAUAAGUGCCACCCCUCCGAGAGUCGGCAGGUGCUGCUGCUGCAGAUGCCAUUGCGGCCAGGCUGUUGAGGGCCCGGAGACCGGAGUUUGCGAGGUUGGCCCCUGAGGAAACAGAUCAUGGGAAUUUCUGUAGGGCUCUCUUCAACUUGCAAGUUUACCUCAUGUCCUUCCUGUAU